CAAGGCAGACUGAUUCAGUGUUCACUUCCACUCACCAGAUGAACACCGACUCGCAACUAGUGCUCGUUCCCUCACCAGGCAUGGGUCACCUAGUGCCCGCCGUCGAGUUCGCUAAGCUUCUCAUCGACCGCCAUCACCGCCUCACCAUCACCCUCCUCAUCAUCACACAACCAUCUGAUCCCACCGUCGGAGCCUACACUCUCUCCCUCACUUCCUCAUUGUCCUUCCCAAAACGUCUUCACUUUGUUCUCCUUCCUCCCCUCCCUGACCCUACCAACUCUCACUCUCUUCAUCCAUCUGCCGUUUUGGACUCUCGCAUUCAAGACCAGAAACCCAAUGUCAGAGAUGCUGUGUCCAAACUCAAGUCGGAUCCCUACUCGCCACGGCUCGCUGGGUUCAUUGUGGACGUCUUCUGCACAGCCAUGAUUGAUGUGGCCACCGAGUUCGGGGUUCCUACCAUUGUGUUCUUCACCUCGGGCGCUGCUUUUCUAAGGUUCAAGCUUCAUACUCACACGCUCUGGGAGCAAGAGAAGGUAGACACGACCGCGUUUGACUUGGUGGACUCGGGCUCUGAGUUUGCCAUCCCGAGUUUCGUGAACCGUGUUCCUGUUAGUGUUUUCCCUGGGAUUUCGUUGGACAGGCAGUGGAAGCUAUUUUUCUUCAAUCACACAAGCAGGAUGAAGAAGGCAAAGGGCAUCAUAGUAAACACGUUCGAGGAGCUUGAAUCCCAUGCCGUCCGAUCUUUCUCAAAGAGUGAUUUCACCAUUUAUCCCGUCGGACCCAUCUUAAGCGGCGGAGGGGACAAAAAGACAGUUCCAAAAGGAUCAGACGUCAUGCAGUGGCUUGAUGAUCAACCUCCUUCGUCUGUUCUAUUCUUGUGCUUCGGAAGUAGGGGUUGUUUCGAGGAGGAAGAUCAAGUGACAGAGAUCGCACGCGCUCUUGAAACAAGUGGGGUCCCGUUCGUGUGGUCUUUACGGAAGCCCCCACCCAAGGGUUCCAUGGAACCGCCAAGCGAUUACUCUGAACUGGAACAACUAUCACUAUUUCCGGAGGGAUUCCUAGAGAGGACAUGUGAGAAUGGAAGAGUGAUAGGCUGGGCUCCACAGGCCCAAAUUUUAGCUCACAGAGCAAUAGGAGGGUUUGUGUCGCAUUGCGGGUGGAAUUCCAUCCUGGAAAGUGUAUAUUACGGCGUGCCCAUUGCGACGUGGCCGCUUGCUGCGGAUCAACAAUUAAACGCAUUUCAACUUGUGCUUGAGUUGAAGCUGGGGGUGGAGAUCUGCCUGGAUUACAGGAGAGGAUGGAGCAGUGUGGUAAGUGCAGAGAGAAUAGAGAAAGGCAUAAGGGAAGUGAUGCAGAAGGAGAGUGAGGUGAGGAAGAAGGUGAAGCUGAUGAGGGAGAUGAGUAAGAGGGCUUUAAUGGAGGGAGGAUCUUCCUACUCUUGCUUGGGCCGUUUCAUAGACGAUGUGCUGAAUAAUAGGAUUUGAAGCUGCACUGGGAUUGAUGAAGACCACCGCAAGACUGUUUCUGUGCUUAUAUUACGUGUAGCGAGGUCGUUUUCUCGCAUAUUGUGUUUGC